CACCCAAACCUCUCAGUCAUGCCUUUAAAUUCAGAAAUUCAGAUACCCAGGAUUGCAGAGGAAGCCACAUCCAGGCCCAGGCCCAGACCCUCCGCACGUGGGACCCUCGGCGAGUCCGGGUGCCCAAAGCCGGGGACUGGAGCAGCUGAGGAAACUGAGGCAGCAGAAAUUAAGUGACUUUCCCAGGAGCACACAGCUAGCUACUUUGGGGAGUGCCGGCUUGGUUGUGCCUGGGGAGAAGAUGGUGUCUGUGACAAUGGCUACAUCAGAAUGGAUCCAGUUCUUCAAGGAAGCUGGGAUCCCCCCAGGGCCUGCUGUCAACUACGCAGUCAUGUUUGUAGAUAAUCGGAUCCAGAAGAACAUGCUGCUAGACCUGAAUAAGGAGAUCAUGAAUGAGCUUGGUGUGACUGUGGUGGGUGACAUCAUUGCCAUCCUCAAGCAUGCCAAAGUGGUGUACCGCCAGGAUGUGUGCAAAGCGGCUGCCGAGUCCUUGGCUUCCAGCCCCAGCCACCUGCAGGCAGAGCUCAGGCGCAGCGCGACCAGCGCUGCCUCUCGGAUGAUUGCUAAUAGCCUGAGUCGGGACUCCCCCCCCAGCACCCCUGCCAGGCGUCCUGAUGCCAGUGCCUCUAAGAUCUCGGUUACCGUCUCCAACAAGAUGGCUGCUAAGCACGCCAAAGCUGCUGCUCUGGACCAGCUUGAAGAGGAGAAUGCCUCUGUGCCAGUGAAGCGGAGGCGCCGAGUGACUGCAGAGAUGGAAGGGAAAUACAUCAUCACCAUGCCCAAGGGGACCACACCUCGGACACGGAAGAUCCUGGAGCAGCAGCAGGCGGCCAAAGGUGUCCAGAGAACAUCUGUAUUUGACCGGCUUGGCGCUGAGACCAAGGCUGACACAACAACUGGGAGUAAGCCCACAGGUGUCUUCAGCCGACUGGGUGAUGCCCUGGAGACAGACGAGGAGCGGGCAGGAGACAGUGAUGAUGACAGCUCCGUCUUACAAUAUGCUGGGGUCCUGAAGAGGAUGGGCAAGUCCUUUACCAAGGACAGCAGCCCCCUGGGGGUGACCAUCAAGGCCAAAGCUACCAGCUCAGAGCCCAAGCCGGUCCCAGCCACUCUUCGGCGUUUAGGGGGCAGCCAGGGCCCCUCUGCUGAGAGAAAGCCAGAAGCAUUGCCCAAAGUCAGCGUCAUCCAGAGACUUGGCAAAGCCACUCUUCCACCAGAGGCUCAGGACAGCCAAGUCACCAGCACAAAGAGUAAGUCCCCAGCUGAGUUCAAGGUUACCAUAAAGAGGACCUUGGCAGGCCCGAGGGUGAGCAGCUCAAGUGAGGGCCAUAGUGCGCAGAUGGACAACACAGGCACUAUUAGUGUGUUUAAGAGACUGGGGCGGAAGACCGACUAACAUUGCCGCUAGGGCUUGGUGAGCCAUCUUGGAGCGCCUCUGUACUGUGUUUGCCUUAACUCACACACCUGGCCUGGUCUGGCCUGGCCCCUGCCUUGGCCCACCGCUGGCUUUCGUCUGGGGCUCUCAGUUGCUUGUGUCUGCUUCCACUGCCUUAGACACCCCUCUUAGCUCCCCUUGUCCAAAUUGUAUCGAGUCCUCUCAUGAGAACAUGAAAUCUGGCCAGUGAAGUGUGCUGAAGGUGGGGCACAUCAAAGAAAGAGAUCCUGCUUCAGGCCAGGAAUCUGGCACUGUCCAGAGCUGUUUCCACCACUGGGGAUGUGCUGUUAUGGGAGACGGAGCUGACAAUGGUCGGUGGAGUGGGAGCCCUUGGGGGAACCAGUGGUGUUGAGUUCUGGAUAAAGGACUUGAGAAAUCCAGUGCUUUCCCUGCAGGACCCGUGGCUGCCCCCUUUUCUUGUUUUCCCUCUGUGACAUCCUUCCCUCUUUCUUCCAGGGAAGAGGAAUGCCCCUUCCCCACUAGCUUUUACUUGGCCCCCAGGUAAAUGGGAGAAUGCCAAUGGCCCAAAUGGACAGGCCACUCUUCUCCAGCAUAGCACUUGAAUGGACCCUGCUCAGAGACCAACUCUGAGGUCCUUUUCAGAGAUCUGUCAGCCCAGGCCCCCCCAUGUCCUUGUCAUGCCCCACAGCCAGGAGGGAGGGCCUCUCAUUCUCCCGUCUCUCCCUUCCCUUCCCCUGCUUGCUCUAGGUGAUUGUCUUUAGUCUUCCUCCUUCACACUUUUCGUUUCUCUUCUGUUUUCUGCCCCGGUGGGAAGGCCAGACUGCCCGCUGUCCUCUGCCUGAAGUGCGUCUGUCCUCGCCCUCCCUGCGCCCUCCCCGCCGCCCAUGGCGCCGUGCUGUUAGGAACUCUUAGGAGGCCAAGGCGCUGCCGGGGAGGGCUCUCCACCUUGGUGCCUGCUGGCCAGAGGAGCUUCACCUGGGCCUGUCUGCCCGCCAACAGAUGUAAUCAUGAGAGGCCGCAGAGGGGAGAGGAGAUGGGUUUUCGUAUAUUUUUGUGAUUUUUUUUUUUCCCUACUGUGGGCAAGUGUUCUUUACUCUGUUUUUAGACUGAAAGUGAAAUGCUUGGGGUGAGGUGGGGGGAAGGGGAGGCAGGGACUGGGGAAAACCAGGUUUCUCCGAAGAUGACACCAUCUACCUGUGAACUGGAUUUUUCCUGGACUUGUUUCAGGAAUGGAGGGGAGGCCCUUGAUGUGACCCUUAGUAAAUAAAGCUGGGGUCACCUGACUUAGAAGCCCUGGAAACCGAGUACUACAGCCCCACUUCUCUUGUGGC